CCUUUAAAGCUCAGUCUCCGCCUACAGCCUCUCACAUUUGUUUGGCAACAGCCUCUUGUAUAAUCGCUGCUUAACUGAAAAUCGAUUUUUGUGUGAAGAAAACAAACACGGCUGUUAUUUAAGUGAGCGCAGACUGGACAUCGGUCCUUUCAGUCGGUGACAACACACGGGGCCAACAUGGUGGUCAUAUUGCGCUGUUGCCCGCUAAUCCAAUGGCUGUCCCUGGCCGUUUUGCUGGGCUCGGUUCUCGGACUCGGUGAGGACCUCGACCGGCCUCUCUUCGGGUCCCCCGGCUCUUCUAUCCGGGUCCACGAGUCCGACCCGGGUCUUAAGAAGGCUCUGGCCUUUGCAGAGGAGCGAUACAACCGGGUCUCCAAUGCGAUGCAUCUCCGCAGAGUCAGCCGGGUAGUCUCUGCCACCAAACAGCUGGUUAAAGGGAUCCGUUACACUUUAACAGUGGAGCUGAGUAACACUCAAUGUAAGAAGUCCACCAUGCUCAGGACAUGUGACUUUUAUCCCGAGUUAAAUCAACUCAAGACAGAAGUCUGCGUCUUCGAGGUGUGGGACAUCCCUUGGCAGGGGGCGUCAACCUUGCUCAAACAGAAGUGCCAGCCCAAAGUUGAAUCUGAAGUAGAAGAGAGCAACAAGGUAGAGGAUCCAUCCACCAGCCAGCCUCUGGAGGAGUCGGUGGAGCUGCUGGGCCGGUUUAAAGAGUUCAUGACUAAGUACAAUAAAGUCUACAGCAGUCAGGAGGAAGUGGACCGCCGUUUGCGCAUCUUCCACGAGAACCUGAAGACUGCUGAGAAGCUCCAGGCUUUGGAUCAAGGUUCAGCUGAGUAUGGAGUCACCAAGUUCAGCGACCUCACCGAGGAGGAGUUUCGCUCUACAUACUUAAACCCACUGCUGAGUCAAUGGACUCUCCAUCAACCAAUGAAACCAGCUACUCCCGCCAAAGGCCCCUCCCCUGACAGCUGGGAUUGGAGGGAUCAUGGAGCUGUCAGUCCUGUUAAGAACCAGGGAAUGUGUGGAUCUUGCUGGGCAUUUUCUGUCAUAGGCAACAUUGAAGGCCAGUGGUUCCUGAAACAUGGAACGUUGCUGUCACUUUCCGAACAAGAGCUGGUUGACUGCGACGGGCUGGAUCAGGCGUGCAGAGGCGGGCUUCCAUCAAAUGCUUAUGAAGCUAUCGAGAAGCUGGGGGGUCUGGAGACUGAAAGCGACUACUCCUACACCGGGCACAAGCAGAGGUGUGACUUCACCACUGGGAAGGUGGCCGCCUACAUCAACAGCUCCGUGGAGCUGCCCAAAGAUGAGAAGGAGAUUGCUGCUUGGCUGGCUGAGAAUGGGCCAGUCUCUGUUGCUCUGAAUGCUUUUGCAAUGCAGUUUUACAGGAAGGGUAUAUCUCACCCUCUGAAGAUUUUCUGCAACCCCUGGAUGAUCGACCACGCUGUGCUGUUGGUGGGAUACGGAGAACGUAAAGGUAUUCCCUUCUGGGCCAUCAAAAACAGCUGGGGGGAGGAUUAUGGAGAGCAGGGUUACUACUACCUCUACAGGGGCUCCAAUGCAUGUGGGAUCAACAAGAUGUGCUCAUCUGCUAGGUUGCCGGUUAUAAUGUCGCAGGCCACUAAACGCAAACACGUUGUCAAGGAGGUUCUUGGAGACUUUGUCACACCCACAGAAAACCAGCAGAUCGUAAAGGUAACUGGGAGCCGUGGUAACAACCUACAUGAUGCUGUCACAGCUCAGGGUGAGACCUUCUUGGUGAGCAUGCCCACCAAGUUCCGCAAGAACAUCUGGAUCAAGAGAGGUGACUAUGUGAUUGUGGAUCCUAUUGAAGAAGGAGAGAAGGUGAAGGCAGAGAUCAGCUUUAUUCUCUACAAGGAUCACAUUCAAUACCUACAAAAACAGAACCUCUGGCCAGAGGGCUUUAUGGGCGAGCAUUCGACGCAGGAUAAGACAAAGAAAGAACUGGAAAAGGAUGAGGACGAGGAUGCUAGCGAUUCUGAAGAUGAUGAUAGCGACCUCUUUGUAAACACUAACCGCUGUAACUAUCAGUACAGUGAAAGUGAGGAGGAGGACGACGAUAGCGAAGAGGAUGAGGACAAAGAGAAAAGGAAGGAAAAUGCCUCAUAGCAGCAGCACUGAGGACACGGAAAAUCAGGAGUUGUGAAACAGAUGUGACAGCAUGCUCUCCUGUAUUGCUGUCAUCACUGACUGACGCUAUGAUGAUCUGAAGUAAUGGUCCACCUGCAACAGCGCCCUCUGCAGUUCAUGUACUGAAUGGCUGGGCUCAUUCAAUGAACUUAGUAAUUCCUGCUUGUUUUACAAAUCUGUGAGAUUAAAAUGUAUCUGAAAUUUAA